GAUGGCGGGGCGGGAAGGCGGCUGCCCCGGCAUGGCGGAGGUGGUGGAGUUCCGGGUGCCCGCGGGGAGCCACCAGACGCUGCUGGUCUGGGGGCUGGAGCCGCAGCCGGGGCUGGAGCGUUCCCUGUUUUCAGCGUUUUCCAAAUUUGGGCCGCUCUACUCGGUGCGAGCGCACCGAAACGCUGCCGUGGCAGGGCCGGGGUAUUACGCCAUCAUCAAGUUUUACUCAGCUGGAGAUGCCAGGAGAGCCCAGCGCACGUGCAACGGGCAGAGGCUGUUUCAGGAAUCUCCCUUGAAGGUUUGCGUUUGCACCAAGCAGAAAGGGUUUCAGCAGCAAGUUCUUGCUCUCAACAGCAACAAGUGCCAGGAGUUGGCCAACCACUACCUUGGCUUUAACGGCUGGUCCAGUCGCAUCAUCACACUGCAGAAUGUAUCUGGCUUUGAUGGUGAGAAUGAGGAACUGGGAGAGACGUUACAGAAGCGAUCCGUGAAAUACCUGUGUGCUGUAGAGGUGACACUGCCCCACCACAGGGUACGCACCAGGGGAGUUGCCCUCGGCAAGGCAGACGUAGAAAACAGCGGAGAUCCUCUCGAGUUUGUCACGGCCUCAAGGAGAGCUCAGAAAGUCGCAGUCGGGAAGGCUUUGUCUUGCGCCUUUCAGAAGAUACUCCUCGUAGUCUUAGAGAAUGGGAAAGUGGCCGUGGAGUACAAUCCCACCCAAGAGGAGCUCACAGACUCCUUAACAGAAGAGGAACUGAAGGGGCUUGUUCAGGUCAGUGAGUUGUCCGUGGAACAGUUUGACCUGGAAGAAGAAGUUUUGUCUGAUGUCAGUUUUGAUGAUGAGCUCCCUAGCCGGGAGGUGCCGUCUAAUUAGCGCAGCUCUGUUUUCACAUCGUUUCCAAAAGUUCUGCAGCGUUUGAUUCGGAAUGAAAGUCUUAACGCUGUGAAAUGACAUGUGCGUCAUAUCCACUGUUUUCUUUUUCUCCGGAUACGUAACAGCGCAAGAAAUGGGCAAUAAACCUAGUGUUACUAAAAUUAAGCCCAAAAAUAUAUGCUGUUUUUGGAGAGGAAGUGUUUUCCUGUCAACUUAUCCAGGUCAGCUAUAUAUAGAAGCCAGCUUAGCUGCACAAUUAUUAUUUAGACAGCAUAACAGAUGUGCGUGGCACUUAUAGAAAAAUAAAAGGAACGAGCCUGCCCUUCCAAGAGCCUUCAGUUCAGGUUCGCUCUGAUCCGCCGGAGAAAGCCGGAGACGGCAGAAGGAGCCGUCUUACCAGCAGGAGUAGCUGUGGUACUUAGAGACGCCUGCACAGGCACAGGGAAAAUACCGUUCUAAGUGAAAUUUCUUUUAAGGAAAUCAGCGUUAAGUCUUCUCGUAAUGUGUUGAGCCACAUGGGUUGAGCCCCAGCUACAAGGAGUUGGGACAUUGUCACGAUGUAAAGCAAAGGUUCUUUUUAAGAGGUUUUUCA